UAUAUCAUCUUCUCACGAGAUUCUUGGUUCUUCACUUCAACUCAAUUCAGCUCAGCUCAACUCGCUCCGAGUUGACUCAGUUCCCCUUCUUCCUCCUUCAACAGCUAGUCUUCUCCGUCAAAUGCAAAAGCCGCUGAUUCUCUCCGGAAUCUCCACACCUUCCUCCUUCUCCUUCUUACCCUUUUGACUUGGCUUUUUCCUUCACUUGAAUCUGAUGGCUCCGCAUCUUCGCUAUUCCUUCUUGCUCCUCACUGCUCUAUGCUUCCUCCUUCGACUCAUCGCUGCUGCUGAAGACGGCGACGCCGAUCCGAUUUACAAAGGUUGCGUGGAACAGUGCGAGAAAACUGGAUGUGUAGGUGAUAGAUGCUUUCAACACUGUAAAUUCUCAUCAGACGGAAAACCAGUUGAUGGUCCAUGGUACAUGCAUGAACCCCUUUACCUGAGGUGGAAACAAUGGGACUGCCGCACUGACUGUCGGUAUCACUGCAUGGUAGCUAGAGAGGAAGAAAGAACAAAACUUGGUGACAAGCCUGUCAAGUAUCAUGGAAAAUGGCCAUUUCGGCGUGUUUAUGGGAUUCAGGAACCAGUUGCUGUUGCUCUGUCCGCUCUUAAUCUUGCUAUACAGUUUCAUGGCUGGGUGUCCUUCUUCAUUCUUGUGUAUUAUAAUUUGCCUUUGAGGCCAGAUAAGAAGACCUAUUAUGAGUACACUGGCUUGUGGCACAUCUACGGAAUCCUAUCUAUGAAUUCAUGGUUAUGGAGUGCUGUUUUUCAUAGUAGGGAUGUAGAGCUAACACAGAAACUAGAUUACUCUUCUGCUGUGGCAUUACUUGGAUAUACCCUCAUCCUAGCAAUUCUUCGAGCUUUUAAUGUGAGGGAUGAAGCUACAAGAGUUAUGAUUUCCGCUCCCUUGAUUGCUUUUGUGACAACUCAUAUCAUGUAUUUGAACUUCUAUGAUCUUGCUUAUGGUUUGAACGUAAAAGUUUGCAUGAUAAUGGCCAUUUUGCAGCUUCUUAUUUGGGCGGUAUGGGCCGGCAUUUCCAAGCAUCCAGCACGGUGGAAAUUAUGGUUGGUGGUAGUUGGAGGAGGAGUAGCUAUGUUCUUGGAGAAUUACGAUUUCCCACCUUACAAGGGAUAUGUGGAUGCUCAUGCAUUGUGGCAUGCAACAACCAUUCCUCUCACAUUCCUUUGGUGGAGUUUCAUAAGAGAUGAUGCUGAGUUUAGAACCACAUCACUUCUAAAGAAAGUGAAAUAGCAGUGCUUGUUGAAUGACUCAAAUGGGUAGAAGGGGUGGAGGAUUAGGUGAAAGAUGGCUUCUUAUUAUGCCUACUUUGAUUUGUACAUCAGAACUUUCUCUUUCAUUUUUGAUAUGAGCCAUUAACAACAGCUGCUACUUUCGGUCCAAUACAAGAAAAUGAAAGCGAUGAGAAAGCAAUUGGGCCAGAUAAGCUGAGCAGAAAAACAAGCGUGGGAAGAAGCAACCAGCUUGGAUGUCUGAGCAGAGUAACCAGCUCUAUUUCACAGCUCCUAGUUUUUCAUCCAAGCUAGUUGCUUCUUCACACGCUUAUUUCUCUGCCCAGCUAACGGUGGCUCAAUUGCUUUCUCAUCGCUUUCAGCUUUUGUGUUGGGUCAGAAGUAGCUGCUGUUGUUAAUGGGCUCGUAUCAAUUUUCCUCGUGUAUAGCAUUUAUUUUGUAAUGCUUAACACGAUGGUUUUAUUUGGUCUUUUUUUACUUUGUUUAACACCUGUUUUCCUCAUUUGUUAGAGAUAUUUUCUUUGUAAAAUUUAAAUUUGCAAUGUCUACUACUCCUUUUCAAAACA